AUGGAGCUGCUCAUGGUUCUAGUGAUAUUUGCUGCUGGAUGGACACGUUACCAGUCUUUCCCUAUACAGGUAAACCUAUGGCUGUAAGAUGGUCAGAUUCAGUCUUAUCUUAUUCUCAAUUUGCUCAUCUUUUCUUUAUCUUCAUCCUUUCUACCUGUGGAAUAUGUCAAUUUAAUCUGGAUCUGGAUACUCCUGAAUGUUGCUUUCUCCACAUAACCUGUAUAUAUUUAAAAAUGCCUGAAUGUUACCUUAUUUAGUGUGUAAAUCUGAAAAUGCCUGAAAAUUACCAUCUCUACGCUAUAUGGAAGUGAAGGUGUUUUUCUUAUUUAUACUGUAUUCAUCUGAUUUGUUUUCUCUGUUCAGUAGGGAUCUAGAAAAAUGUCAAUGGACUUUCUCCUUAGGAUAUAGAUUUGUGUAGACUGAAUGCAUUUUUGUCCUUACUGCAUGAUUCUAGAAAUGCUGAGUGUAACUUACCCUUACUAUAUUGAAGAUCUAAGUAUGAUUACGGAGGAUCUAGAAAUUACCCAACCUUAGCUUCCUUUACUUUAUUAGAAAUGUCUAUUUUAACAAUUUGAUUCUGGAAUUACAUAUUUUCUAUUUGGCUUUUUAUUUUUUUCAGGAUACAUACCAGGAUACUAAUGGUAAGCAUUAAAUCAUUCAACAGCUCUGUUUAUUCAUGAUAAUUCAUCAGUUUUGUUUCUUUCUGGUCUUAGUAACCAAUAUAAAUGUGUCACUGACUCUAUGUCAAUGAGAAGUCUAAUUACAACACGUCACAUCGGCUACUCACAGAUUGUAAUACAAAAGAAGAUGAGGUAUGAGUGCCAAACUGGGUGAAUAACGUUUUAUCUUUCCUCCUCAGGAAACAGCCCUAUUGUUACCAAUGACACUAAAACAAUAUUUGAGUUGAUAGAGGAUGUGAAUGAAGGUGAGUGUUGUGUAAUAUAUAUCUUUAACAUUCAUUUUCAAAAAGUUCACUAUCAUUCUAUCUAGAGUAUACUAGGAAUCCCUUUGCAUUAGUCAAAGUCUAAAAACAAAUAUAAAUACUUGUGUGAAUUUUAAGGGCGCUUAUAUUAUAUUACAAAAACAGAAAAUAAAACAAAGUAUAUUGAUAUAGCAGCUGUAGCACUCCUGAUAACCCAAAAUUCCAAACAAGUAAUACAAACUUCAAUGUUUAGGUGAUACAUCAGAACCUAAUAAGCACAUCGGUAUAAAGUGCAGCGCUUAAUUUUAAAAACACUUUGCAGAUGGACAAGGGCCUACCCUUUUGUCUCAGAGGAGAUAGGGGGUCAUAAAAGGAAAGAUAAAAAAAAAAAUACAAUAGUGUAACAUUGUUUAAAAAUAGGUGCAUAUAAAAAUAGAUGUAGGAAAUAUAAAUGCUCAAAAUUAUAGAGAAUUUUAGACGUUAUGGUUCUGAAUGUAGAAAUUUGAUGUGCCCUUUGGUGGCAACCCAAGCUCUUCUUUCAAUUUUUCACAUUUCUCCAAGAAGAUGUAUAUGCAACAGGAGACCCCAAAAUGCAGAGCAUAGUAUAAAAUCUUCUUAAAUUCUAGGUGGCAAUGCAAACAAGGUAAUUUGCUCACCUGCUGUUGGAGCCCCAAUAUGCUGGCUCCAAGCUUUGAAACAGUUGUCAAUUAUGGAGUGAUAAACCCCCUUUUUCCUCAAGCCAGUAAUGUAGACUGUCAGGCCAGGAGACACACGUGCAUAGUAAAAAUCAAUAUAUACGUUAAUAAAAUAAAAAUAAAAAACACGUGAAAACAUAUACAAUGAUAAUUUAAAAAGUGUCUUCUUGGCUCCCGAGAUGCAUUUCGCCCACUGGGUUGGCUUCCUUAAUUGGUUCUCUCAGUAUCCAAAGAAUGUUUCUAUCUAGAGACUUAGAUCUGUAAAGUUUGCGUUAUGAUUAUAUUUAUAUAUAUAUUACUAAUUAUUUGCUUUUCCACCAGGUAUUUCCAUGCCCCUAAGAGGAGGUGACAUUGCUUAUCCUUUUGCCCGCAGUGCCAUUAAUUGUGACGGUUGCAUCUGGGACAUUUCUCCAAAUGGAAUGGUUUAUGUCCCAUACAUUAUUUCAAAAAAAUUCAGUAAGUUAUUAUUUACUUUUGAAUGUUUGAGAUAAUUUAUUCUUCAUAUCAGUAACUAACCAAUCCAUCUCUCCUCAGCUGAUUCAGAUAUAUCUGUGAUCACUUCUGCCAUGAAGGAGUUUGAAGCCAUGACUUGUGUAAAGUUUGUCAGCAGAACUUCAGAAAGAGACCAUAUCAGUAUAGAGACUGAGCGUGGGUGAGUCUCAGCACAAACUGUGCCCAAUAUAGUGGAAACAAAUGGUUUAUUUUACAUUAUUACAGUUAAUAUUAUUACUACUACUCUUGUCCACUAUUAAAUGGAAGUAAAAUUAUCUGUAACACAUACUCUAAUCAAGCAUAUGCCGAUCCAUAAAAUAAAUUACACAAUUAUUAAACAUAUGUUGUAGUUUUGCAGUAGUUUUCAUGGAAAUGUAUAACUAUCAUACCUCUAAACUGCUCCAAUGUAAAAAUAAAUUUCUAGAGGUGCAGAUGUCUUUGUGCCCACACUUUAGAAUCUGUCACAAAUUCCUCCUGAAGUUGGACUCUAGACCUGCCCUUCGUCCAAAAGUAAAAGUGUUUACCAAUUCAAACCAUCCCCGUACUUAAGUAAUGUUUAUAUACUUGAAAUAUAAUAACUUUUUGAGUUGCUUCAUAGAUGCUGGUCAGACAUUGGAAAGUUUGGUGGUCGACAGAGUGUUAACUUGGACCGAUCUGGUUGCAUUUUUUAUGGGGUGAUCCAACAUGAACUGAUGCACUCACUUGGGUUUUUCCACGAGCAUGCCAGAAGUGACAGAGAUAACCAUAUUAAACUCAUAUGGCAGUACAUAAAAACAGGUGAGAUUUGUAAAUAUGCUGGUAAAAGAUUAAGAGCUGAGAUGAAUAAAGGCUAACAUAUAAAGAUCUGUGAGAUAGCUAGAGAAGAUUGUGGUAAAUAUUUUUGAGAAUAAUGUUUGCAACUUUUAACUGCUUUGUUUUGUAGUCAUGGAAAAACUAGCUUUAUUAUGUCUCAUUACAUUAUACCUAAUAUUCACAGAGGCAAAGGGCAACUUUGACAUAGAAGACACCAACAAUCUUGGCCUUCCUUAUGAUUAUAGCUCAGUGAUGCAUUAUCAAAAGUAAGUCAAAUUCCAGACAAUGAAGACUGUCUAUGACAUUGUGAUCAUUUAUAAUUACUCUUGGGGCUUUACCAACAUCUACCUCUGCCUACAGAUCAUCCUUCACCAAUACACCAGGACAAGCUACAAUCAUUCCAAUUCCUGAUCCCACAGCACCUAUUGGACAGAGGAUAGGAAUGAGUCAUCUCGACAUCAUGAAGAUUAAUAAGCUCUAUCAAUGCAGUGAGUAAUUAUCUAUAUAUGUAUGUCAAACAGCAGAUUCACAUGUAGAAGCAAACUAUAAUCAUACAUGUAGAUACAGCAACGUGGCCUGUGAGAGAAAAACACUUUUUAUAUUUAUUAAACAGGCAGAACUAUAGGACUAAAACUAGUCCACAGGCAGCUCAAACACCAAUACGGAUUAUCUCUUUUCCAAUCAGAAAACUGGAUAAAAACAGGGGGGUAGGUGCAGCUCUUCAGUAAUCCUUGACAAGGGAUACGUGGAGAGAAUCAGAGAAGAAAUAAUAGUGUAAUAUUUUAAAACUGUAGCUGUGAUAGGUAGGAUAAAAGAUCACACUUUUCUGGAGCUUCAAUACAGCUCCAGUGUAUGCGCCUGGGCGGAAUAAUCUUCGCCUAUGGAUCAAGUUCAGAGGUAAUUCUUUGAAUUCUUUGAAUUAUAGGUGUAGUAGGGGGUAUCCUCAUAAAAAAAGAGCAAAUUCUGGUUUGCUCAAUCCAAAGCGCUUGGGUGGUAUGAUCCCCCACCAUUGAUAUAGCUCCAAACAAUCCAACAGCUGCAAAGUUAGGUCCAAUUUCAAAAAAAGUGCUUUAAUAUUAAAAAAUAAUAACAGUAAUACAGUAAAUAAGAUAAAAUAGUGAUAAAGUUAUAAACAAUAUACUUAACGCAUUACUCUUUGGAUAGGCUUUAUCAGAAGUGUUAUUGUGAAAUAGUAACUGUCCCCAGCCCGCUCACCCGCCCUCGGGAAUAGAGAUAACUGCUCGUUUGAGAAAGCCCCAAGAGGAGUGGCGAAAUGCAUCACGGACUAGGAACGCAGAAGUAAUUUGAACUGUCUGCAUUGGCGAAACCUGCGGUGUUUGGGACUAAAAGGACGGCUGUUACUAAAAGGACGGCUUGUUACUUUUUAUGGUGACUACCCUUCUGUUAGACAUCUUUCUGGAAAAUAAUUGUAAAUUAUACAAAACCAUUUAAUUGCAAAGUACAUUAAAUAAUUGACUAGAGAAAUGUGAAAGACAAUUUGAAAAUGCAAUCAUUGCUUGAUCAAUUGUUGCAUUAAUUGUAUUUUUAAGUGUAUAUUCUAUUCAAUGCACCUUCUAACUAUCAAGAUCUAUUUUUUCAGAUCUGUGUCGUUUUAAAUUGUCAGAUAAUUCAGGAUCUUUCUCGACUGAUGAUAUUUUACCAGGACUGAAUGGUGACAACUGCCUUUGGUUGAUCCAAGUCCCAAAAAAGGUAACGUAUUAUUCAUGGUUUAUAGGACUUAAUCAAUGCUAUUCCCUUAAAUUAAUGGUUAUCUUGUAGAGUAAAUUCAUGCACAAUGCUGUUUUGGAGAAGUACAGAUUAAUUCUUGCAAGUUCAUAAGAUAGACACGGUUCUGUCAUGUGUUUACAAGCUAUAAACACUACACAUAUAUAGCCAUUCAGUUUGUCAAAUUAAAGGAAUCUCUCUGUUAAAUAAAAACUAUCGUCUGUCAUUCUCUCCUUGAUUGCGGUCAUUCAGGUUAGGAGCAGACCUUACCUGGCCAAAGACCCUUCAGCUUUGAUCCAAAGCACAUUCACAUUGUUUUGACAUCAGCCAUCAUUGCCAGACACACAUACCUCUUAGUUCCUUAAAGAGCGAUGCAAACGAAUAUAAGCACAGCUCCUGAGGUUUGCUUAUAUAGCAGUGAAGGAAUGCUGUGGAAGGCGAUAGUUUUCCUUACUUCUACUACUUAUACUUAUUUACCAUGUUUACUUUAUAUUUUACCUUAACCAGGUGUAUCUCCAACUAAGUGACAUUCAUGUCCCUUCUUCUAAUGGAUGCAAUGACAAUUAUAUUAAAAUAUACGACGGAACCAAUACACUGGCACCGGUUCUCCUGAACAACACUUGUGGAAAUGUGACACUCCCUCCUAUAAUUUCUUCUGGAAAUCAGAUAUUGCUGGAGUUUGGAAGCACUCAACUCAAAACGACAAAAACACCAAAAUGGAAUGCAACCUAUACUACCGGUAAGUGUUCUUUUUUUUUUAAUUUGCUUCGAUGAGAAAUAAAAUGUUUGUUCAGGACUGAAGCUGCUCUCUAAUAUACCAGUAAAAAUAUUCACGGAACUCUACCAAUGUUAUAAACCUCUCCAUGGUGACACUGUGGUGUUUGGGAAAUUUAUAGCUGCACUUUUUCUCAAUAGGUUAUAACAUGUUUUAGACUUAAACAAUACUAUCUUCAGGAAAAACCUUACUUCUACAGAUUCAUGAAAAUCCAUCUGUUUUGUAAUAUUUGCUAAUAUGUGCAAUAGUAGAAUAAAUGUUACCUUAUAUUUAGCUGUUUUCUUCUGGGGUGUGGUCAUUUUAUGUAACCUCAUUGAAGAUAUAAUUAUAAGAGAAAUUGCAUCAUGUUGUGAUCUGCUAAAUUUUCUUUUAUAUUGCAGUGUCCUACGGAGCAACAUUUUCCAAGGAUAAUGGAGUUCUGCUCUCACCGCAGUAUCCCAAAAUGUAUCCCAACAAUGUUGAUGGCCUCUGGACCAUUAUAGCUCCAGUUGGAUCUAAGGUAAGACUGCAUAUUGAGUAUUAAACAUAUAAAACUAUUCCAAAAUGUAAUCAUGAGCUAAGACAGUUACAAAUAACACUGGAGCUGCACUUAUGGAUAAAGAGUCUGUCUUGGCACUACAAUCACACAUAUAGUGUUAAUGGUAUUUUUAGGCUGCACACACCAUCCUGUAGGUCCCAAGGCAUCCAGCUUCCUAGCAACCUGUUCAGCCUUUUUUCAUGCCUAAGUUCCACUUCCUCAUUUACAGUAUCAAUCUUACCCAAAGUGUACAGCAUUUAAUUGGUUUAUCAAGUCAGCUGACACAGUCAGCCAAUGAUUUACUUUAAAAUAUGGAGGAAAAUGGACUUUGCUAAAGCAGAACGUCAACUUUAACAAUUCUGGAGAGCAGGAGCUGAGCGGCAGAGCAUCUGUGGCACCUUAUGUUGGCUAAAUCACAAAAAUGGCUUAACCAUGAACCAGGAAACAGUCUUGUAAAUGGUAUACACGUAUUUGAACAUACUUUAUGUGCUCAUGGAGGUAGUUACACAAGAACACAUUUUGUCUGCAUUUGUUGUACAUUAAAAAAUGACUUACAUGAUCACUUCAAAAGAGGCUGGGCGAUGGGUGAGGUUAACGUAGAGGCAAGUCAUUAUACAGUAAUUAAACAACAUCAUAGUAAAAAAACAAAAAAAAUACAGGUUCCCAUCAUUUUUCUAAUGUAUAAUAAUACAUUCCAUCAUCCUCCAAUUCACUCUGCAGAACUAAAUGAUUGUUUCUUGACAGCAAAUUUAACAGGAGUGAAAACAAAGUGGAAAAAAAAUAGUGGCAACUUGGUUCCCCAAAUUAUUUUAUAUUUAAAGGGACACUGUAGGCACUUUAGCAAUGCAUGCAGUUCUGUCCCUCCUCUCCUAACCACCAAAACCUUUUAGUUCACUAAUUAAAGGACUUGAAGCACUAAUUAGAGGGCUGGAGCUAUAGUGUUCCUUCAAAUGUAGAAUAGGAAUAUAAAAUGAAAGGCUCAACACCCUUUGCCCCUUUUUCACAGGUGAAUAUUCUCUUCUUUAUCAGGAUGUGUAUUUUUUUUUUUUUUUUUGCAGGUACAUUUGUGUUUUAGUUCAUUCAUAUUACAACCUUCAAGCCCCUGUUCAAAUGACUACGUGACUAUAAUUGAUGGAGCCAUGUUAACUGGUCCAGUACUGGGCACAUACUGUGGAAGUGAUACACCCCCUGCAUUAGUGUCCUCUGGAAAUGUGAUGAUGGUGCAGUUUCACACUGAUUCCCAUGUGACCUACAAUGGAUUUGCGGCUUCCUAUUGGUUUGGUAAGUGGCAGUGGACCACUGUGUGUUAGUAUAUUGUUUUUGCUGUUUGGUUUUUUUUUUUUUUUUAAACACUGAAUUCUCAUGAAGGAUAUUAUAAAAGUGUCAGCGUCUUUCCCUAAUAUACACUUAGUGGGUCCUUUUUAGGAACAUAUGCUAGGUUAACAAAAUGAACAAACAUGGCUGCAACUCACUAUAUAAAACACGAGGCAUGGUGUAAAGCACGGGUGUCAACAUAUUGGUUUUAACAGGGCAAAGUGUGCCUUAAAAUAGUUAGAAGUUCCAAAUGCAUAACAUUUAUUUAUACACAUGUGCACAAAAAAGAAAACUAAAAUGUCGCUAAUAGUUGUGUGUUUGUAUGUAGUGUUGUCGUUUGAUUUCAGGAUGUUUGUGUGUAGGGUUGACAUUGGAAUGCAAAAGUGUAUCUGUGCAUAGCAUUGGAAAAUACAGUUGUCGGUUUGUAGUGUUCAUAUGCAAGGGUGUAUUUGUGUGCAUUGUUGGUGUUUGAAUGUAGGGGUGUAUUUGUAUUCAGUGGUGUAUUUUGUGCUGUGUUAGCAUUUGAAUGCUAGAAUGUAUAUACUGUCACACACUCAGAUAUAUGCACACACACAGAUACACACACUGACAAAUAUGCACAAAUACUGAGAUACACACAGUCACACAUGUAUAAGAAACAAUUAGUUUUAGUCACCCUCCUGUUUCCUUACAUUUUGUGUGCAGGAGGGUGGCUUCCUGGUGACUAGUGGUAGCUGACUGGUCAUGGCUCAUUGGCGUCGAGGUUCCAAGCUUCCCUGUGUGUGUACUUGCUCCUGCCUCCCUGCAUGGCUCUCAGCAACCCGGGAGGAAGUGACCUAAACUCACUUUUCACGGAAGCCAAUGGGGGUAAACUAACAAUGUGACAGGAGCCUGGUCUGAUGUUUUAUUAUAUGGCCAUGGGGCUCGAUAGCUGGCCAAAUUUGUGGACUGCACGUGUUGUAUGUUUGACAGCCCUAGUCUACAGAUUUAUUUGUUGUUUGAACAAAUUGUUAAAUGAAGACAUGAUCUAAGCUACAAAUUAGAAAUUAAACGGCCGCAGUGACUUUUAUUUAUAUAUAUAUAUAUAUAUAUAUAUAUAAACUAACCAGUGAAAUGCUACUCUGUAGGGGAACAAACCCAUUGUUUAUGAUGUAAAUGGAUGUAGAUCAGAAAUGACCAGACUAAUUCCAACUCACAAAUAUACAAUCUGCAUAGAGAGUGUUAUAAAGAAGGACACAAUGCAACAAAUUAAAUAAACUAUCAAUAGGAUGGGAUCAGUUAAACAGCAGAAGACCAAGCCAUAACAAACUACAUUCUUGUCAGAUAAGCAACACAUUAUAACCAAAAAGGUACUACUCAUAACAUUCUGUCUAUAAGACUCUGGAACUAAUAUUAAAACAAACUAAAUGGAGUUACUCAGUCUGAAGAAGGAUUCAUAUCCCACAGGAGCCCUAGGCAGGGUAGCAGAUAGGGGUACCCCUUCAUUCCUCACAUGUGGAUUGUGAAGGAGUGCCAUUAAAAUUCGGUCUGACCGUGCAAAAGGUGUGUAACACUGCUUUCUUCUCUUGUUCUACAGUGAAUUCCAACUGAUCUAGAAGGCAAGUUUCUUGAGAACACCCUGGAAAUGCGC